GAGAGCUCUUCGCUUUCCCGCCUCUUUGCGGUGAAAAUCAUUCCACUACGUCAAGUCGUCCCGUCAGCUCUGCGAAGAUGUCUGCGACGGGUACAGGCGGCUGUGGACCCGGACCCGGACCCGCCUCGGGCGCCGGGUCCGGGGCUUCCAACCCCCGAAAGUUUAGCGAGAAGAUAGCGCUGCAUACCCAGCGACAGGCCGAGGAAACAGCCGCCUUCCAGGAGGUUAUGAUGGAUAUCACCUCGACCAGGCUUCAGGCCCAGAAGCUCCGUCUCGCCAGGAGUCAGGGUCCGUACUACGGCGGCUCGCUACCCAACGUUAACCAGAUCGGCAGGAACCCUCAGGACUUCCAGGGCUCCUUCCCCUCCACUCUGGAGUCCAACCGGUCCACUCGACACCACGGUCUGGUGGAGCGAGUCCAGAGAGACCGCCGUUUCAUCACACCGGUCCGACCGUACCGCAACCGACAAAUGGACAGCUCGCCGUAUAACUCCGCCUACCUGUCCCCGCCUCCGGACCCCGGCUGGAGAAGGAAUUGGUCCGGAAACUUCCCCGGGGAUAAAAGCCAGUUGUUUCGUCUCCCCACCACUGCACUCAACAGGUGAAUCCUCC